AUGCCCUCCACCGCCGUCCUCCUUCUCCUCCUCCUGUUUACCACCACCACCUUUUCAGCCGCAGCUCCAAUCUUAGGCCUCGAUUCCUUCCUCACCCAACAAUCCCGCAAAGACCCUCAAGCUACCAACGACUCCUUCCUCUCCCUCCCUUCCUCCCUGAAGAAACCUCUCUCCCAUCCCUCCCCCCACCACCCCGCCACCUCAUCCUCCCUCCUCUCUCUACGGCUAUCUGUGCCCAUCACUGUUCACUUGGUGGGCUCCACUUUCUCCUCGUCUUCCCCCUCCCUCCUCUCUUCCUUCAUCAACUCCGCCGUCUCCUCCGAUCUGUUUCACGUCAUUACUCCCUCUUCCACUUCUCCUGCCACCCAUCAUUUAUCCCUGUCCCAUUCGCUUAACCUCGAUGUGUCCCUUUCGCCCACCUCCCUCUCCAAUUCACUUUCCACAGCUCUUAAAUCCCACCUCUCUAAUUCUCCUUCCCCACUCCGAUUUCAGCUCUCGUCCGUUCCUUACUCACUCGUAGAUCAGAUUAUUAAGCAGGAUUUCGAAAAGGAGAAACCCAUUAACUCGAUCCACGUUUAUAUAAUUCAUCUAGGAUCCCAGUCCAAACCCUAUGCUUACAGCUACACCCCUGGUGAUCCCUCCCCAGCUUUCACCAAAUGCUUGGGCUCCGUUUGGACGGGAAAAGAUCGGUAUUUGUGGAUCGAUUUGGGGGCGGGCCCUGUGGACUACGGGCCAUCGUUGUCAGGUGAUGGAGUUUUGCCAAAAGGUGAGUUUCACCCGUUGGCUGCUCUCCACGGUCGGCCCAAGUCCCAAAAGGCAUUGCUUUCAGAUUUGGCAUCCUUGGUUUGGAGUGCUUAUCAGGUACUUCUGGUGCCCUCUUUGAGAAUACCUGUGCCUUUUGAGAAUUCCUUGAUUGUCGAAUUUGUACACAUGCAUGCUUCUGAGGCCGAAGGAGGUAAUUCGGGGUUGGAUUGGAAGUCAAUAGAGAGGACGUUUAUGGACGAGGUUAAUGACAAUGGGUUGUUACUGGGGGAUCAGUCUUUGAGUUUUAGGAAAUAUGAUGUGAAGUUAUCCGAGUGCUCAAUUUGCUCCUUUGCCAUUUCCAGGGCAACCACUUCGUACACAUCUAGGUAUUUGUUUGAUAACUAUACUUUGAUAGUGAGCGAGUAUUUGGACUCAAAGCGUUUGCAUCAGACAAUAUCAGAAUCGAGGGAGGAGUUUAGAAGGAUGGCUAAGCUGCCCGACGAGGACUUUGGAAGGGUUCUUCCUGUGUAUGUUUUUGAUCUUGAUGUCAGUACUAUGUUGUUGCUUGAUCGGUAUCAUCAGUCUGUUGCAUUUAAGGACAUGGUUAUUGCAGUCAGGACAAAGAGUACACAGACAGUGAGUGAUUACAGUUGUAACGGACAGCACGUGUUCACACAGAUUCGGGAGCUCGAGAGGCCUCUUGUGGGUUCUAUUUUGCAGAGCAUGUGGGGUGUCUCACCCACACAUUUGGUGUGGAGUCCUAGGCAUAACACUACUCUUGUGGACUACACUUGGAGUGUUGGACAGACACCGUUUGGACCGUUCUCAGAGAUUUCUCAGUUGUCUUUUGUUCAAAAGGAUGCUGCCAGGAGGAAUGUUCUGUUAACAUCGUUGAAUUACAGUAUUACUAGUGCUAUUGAUGUUCUUGAAUCAAUUGCUGCACAUGGUGGAGAUAGAAAACUUCUUAAGCAGAAUCAGCAGACUCAGUUUAGACAGAGGUGGAAUUUGUUCCGGUAUAAACUGGACAAGGUGAUCUCUGCAUUGUCACACUUCGAUUUUGAGAUGGCUUUGUACUAUUUGAGAUCUUCAGAUCAUGAUCUAUAUGCCAUCCACUCUCUUGUUUAUCAUGCGUCUCAAGAGUUAGAGGCUUCACUUGUUUGUUUCAAGGACCCACCAUUCCCAUGGACUUCUUUUUCCAUGUCUGCUGGAGUUUGCUUUGCUUUGAUUUAUGCUUAUGCAAAAAGAGAGAAACUGUUUAAAAACAAGAGGAAACAGUUUUAA